GAGGGGCGGGAGCGGCCGGGCCGGGCCAGCAGGCGAGGGGUGGGGGGGGCCGACUUCCUGGGGCCGCCGGUGAAGAUGUCGCGACCGCCCCCCGGCGCCCCUCAGCCCCGGAGACGCCGCCGCGGCGGAGCCCGGAGCCCCCCUGCCUGAGGCGUCGCGGCCCGGAGCCGCCACCCCCCACUCCCAGGUGCGGGCCGGGCCGGCGGCCGGCAGAUUUUAUCAUGUGGGCAACCUGCUGCAACUGGUUCUGCCUGGAUGGACAGCCUGAGGAGGCGUCACCGCCACAGGGAGCCAGGACACAGGCCUAUUCCAACCCGGGCUAUAGCUCUUUCCCUUCCCCGACAGGCUCGGAACCAAGCUGCAAGGCCUGUGGAAUCCACUUUGCAAACUCAGCUAGGAAGCAGCAGACCUGCUUGGACUGUAAGAAGAAUUUCUGCACGACCUGCUCGAGCCAAGUAGGGAACGGGCCCCGCCUCUGUCUCCUCUGCCAACGAUUCCGGGCCACAGCCUUCCAGCGGGAGGAGCUCAUGAAGAUGAAGGUGAAGGACCUGCGGGACUAUCUCAGCCUCCAUGACAUCUCGACCGAAAUGUGCCGGGAGAAGGAGGAGCUGGUGUUGCUGGUGCUCGGCCAGGAGGGCAGGACUCGCACCCCCACCUUGUCCCCGGACUCCCCCGAGCAGCAGGCCUUCCUGAGCCAGCCGCACACCAGCACAGCACCUGCUACCUCACCCCACCACUCUCCUCCACCCGCCCAGACCCCCGCGGGCCCCCCAGCCCAGGCUCAGGAAAGCCAGCAGGCCAAUGGCCGUGUGUCUCAGGACCAAGAGGAAGCCAGCUACCUGGAGAGCACAGCCAGAGCUCCUGCUGAGGACGAGACCCAGUCCGUCAACUCCGAGGACAGCUUUGUCCCCGGCCGGAGAGCGUCUCUGUCCGACCUGACUGACCUGGAUGACAUCGAAGGCCUCACCGUGAGGCAGCUCAAGGAGAUUUUGGCCCGCAACUUUGUCAACUACAAGGGCUGCUGCGAGAAGUGGGAGCUGAUGGAGAGGGUGACACGGCUGUACAAGGAUCAGAAAGGACUCCAGGACCUGGUGUGUGGUGCUGAGGACCAAAACGGAGGAGCAGUGCCACCUGCCCUGGAGGAGAACCUGUGCAGGAUCUGCAUGGACUCUCCCAUCGACUGUGUCCUGCUGGAGUGUGGCCACAUGGUAACCUGUACCAAGUGUGGCAAGCGCAUGAACGAAUGUCCCAUCUGCCGCCAGUAUGUGAUCCGAGCAGUGCACGUCUUCCGAUCCUGAGGGCUUGUACCGGCUGCUUCAGUGCCUUACGGGACAGAGCUCGAGGUGUCUGGGCCCCAGGUUGGCCAGCUUGCGGCAGGCAAGCCAGCAAGAGAAUCUGUGCUGUUCCCAAGACCAAAGCCAGCACAGGUGGCAUGUCACCCCCAAGCGUGCCUGACUUGCCACCGGAGGUGUACUUGUUGGCCAGCAGAGCCCAGGACCAGUGGGAACUGGCACCGACCGCGUGAGCAAGUCCCUGUUUUCAGUGAUUUUGGGCGAUGAUGGUAAUAAAUGAAGAGAGGCCCUUCUGGGACUCAAGGACUUGCCAUAACUUCCUCCAGCCACCUAGACAACAGUUUCCCCUUCGUCCUGUCCCCAGCCCGUUCCCUUGAGCUGUUUGCCUCGGUGUUUCUCCAAGCACAAAUCUUCUACCCCUAGAUUUAUUUCUGGCCUCUCUGGUUUUCUGAACUUUUAUUAUCUACCUUUGCAAAAGGUAGAUGUACCUUUAUGUACCUUUCGCUACAUUGCCUAAAAUCUUAGACCAAAAAGAUGUCGUUAGCUUACCAGACCGAUAGUGCUCAUCCUUAGGACAGAAUCUGGACUAGCAAACUUGUUCUCUGGUGAGAAAUGAAAUGCUACUGAACAUUUUCGAAGCUGUUAAAGAGUUGCUUCCUUACGUACCGGGACUGGAAGCUGCCUGUCCCGACUGAGCCUGGGACCAGCAGAGUACCUGGCGUCUAUGCUGGGACUCCUGGUCUGUGAGAGAUGGAGCAUGGUUUUAGCAGCUCCGCUGUUUCUCUCGGGACCUGAAGGUGCCAUCCUUAGUUUAAGUGCUAAGGAAAAGGGGCCACACUGGGUGACGGCAUUAGCUUCCCACUCCUCUUUGACAUGCCUAAUAGACAGGAGCCUGGAGCCACCCCCACCCCCACCCCCACCCGACAGUACAGUGUGUGUACCUCACAUCCCUUUCCAUGAAGGUCUUAAAAACAUGGUCUUAUGGAAGGCAUAUUUAGGCAAAGAAUUUCACUCUCCUCCGGCCAGACUUAACCCCAACCCCCUGCUGAACAGACCUGGAAGACAGAACACUCAACCAGUUAUCAGAAGGUACUGGAUGAAGCUGGAUUCAAUCUUGAGCAGACAGCCCCCACCUACCAUGUCAGUCUGCUGAGUUGAGGCUGGUCAGGAAACAGCAUUCUCCAAGCCUUUUAAGGACCGAGUAAUGCAGGGGUGAGGGGCAGCAGGUCUGUGAAGCUUGCCACAGCAGCUUAACUCUGGGAAACACACACACAUGCACACGCACAGACACACGCACGCACAGUCAGGUGUGUGUGCUCCUGCUACCAAUGGAUGAACUAUAUGGAUGAACUAUGCAAAUUCUUCACACUGGGGCCUUGGCAGACCCCCUCCCCGCUGCCAAGGCCUCAAACCAGAACUAAUGCAGUGGGAAAUGCGUAAGGGGACCUGUUAAUCGGUGCAGGCAUACUUAGGGUUACCUUCAUCACUCAUGGUUCCUUCUCUGGGGGGAUUAAAAUAAUUUCAUAAAGUAAUUGUCAACUGAACACUGGGCCACUUACCUCGACAUUACACCUCAUCCUGGAUAAUUUGAUUCUGGGAUAUAGCCUUUGGUAGGAGUUGGGGAAAAUCAGAUUUUCCCAUGAAGACAUCAUCAUACAUAGUCUUUUAUCUUUCUGCUGGAUUAGUAAGUGCUAUUGUUUACAGUGCCUGCCAGCAAAGGAUUCAGCUACUCAGUUCCACUGUGAAACAAGUCUCUACAUAUUACACAGGCAACUCAGCCAGGGUCUAGCAGCCACUCCAGGGCAGAAAGCUGGCUCUCUCCCUACUCAGAAAUUGCUUUCUUUGCGGAGGCCUUACCUCUCCCUAUGCCCCAGUCUCCUGCCUAGGAAUGAAUUAAAGGUAUCCUCGAUAACAAUUAGAACUGAUGUCACUUACUGAUUUUGGACAAAGAUAUCUUUUAACUUCUUUUGGUGAAGGUUUCUAUUUAGAGAAAAAGGUGUUGAGUAUUUGUUGUCUUUGGGAGGUGGUGGUGGUGGUGGUGGUGGUGGUGGGGAAAUCAUCUUAUUACACCAAAUGAAAGUUGGGGAUUCUAAAUCCCAUUACAGUUAGUCUCUAACCUGGUUAGAAAGCUUGAUUUUAAUCCUUGAAUCUUCCCUCCUGCCCCUUAUGGGUCCUUGGCCAUAAUUAUCAUGGAAGCAUCUAAUCCUUCCGGUUAUUCCAUGGCUUUUGUUGUGAUAAUCCUGAGAUUUCAGUUGAGACUUAUAAAGUUGGAGAGCAGCUGGAUCCAAACUCCUAAGCUGUGCAGGAAUUAGUGCUGUAUAUAUAUAUAUUGUAUGAAUUUGUUGAAAUCCUCUGGAUGUGAAUGUGUUACUUCAAGUGACUUAUAUUAAGAUAGACUUAACUUGGGUGUUAAAGCAAACCCAAAUGUAUUUUUUUUUGUUACAGAGCUCUGCUUUAUAAUUUUUAAUAAAGUUUCAACAUAGAAGCCUGUCCCAUCUGGUGUGAGGAUGCCAGAGGUCCAGUAGUUAAGGUGGACUGUUGCUGAGCCGAGCCGUGCGUCCAUGGGCUUUCUCUCUUGAGAUCACUGUUUCUGAAGCUGCACGGACAUGGUCUUUAUCAAAUAGCACUGUCCGUAGACCGGAAUCUGAAGCAUAGUAGUUCAUUUGAAUAAGCAGACUUCAAGAGACCAAGUAUUUGGUUGAGGCCAUGGAACAGCCUUGUAAAGGGUGGGAGUGGAAUAGAAAAGGCUAAGAUUCUAAGCCAAAUAGGAAAUACCAUGGAGUUCAGACUUAUCUCUAUCAGUCAUCUACAAGGUAUAAAAAUAUGCCUUAAACCCAGGUGGAAAGGAAUCAGAGGGCACACGGCAUGCUCAGGGAAGUCUUCCGGUAACUGGGCAGUGGAAUGGAUAGGGUUGGAGACCGUCCCUGCUCUUGGAAAGACUGCCGGGCAGUCUCAGAGCACUCCACGCCUCCCUCGCCAGUACUCGGGGAGAGCAGUGCUAAGAAGGCACUCUGGCAGGGCCAGAGGAGGUGCAGAUCUGCCCUGUGCGUCCAGAGGGAGGAGAGGCAAUAGCCACAGGGCCUGAGGGCUCACCAUAUGCACACUCAGACCUCCUGUCUUAUCUGCAGCCCCCAUAGUGUGGAAGCAAAGGCUAAAGGAUCCUGUUUCUGCUGGAGGUUUUGGGAGAAUGAAGACAUGACUUAGGUUCUGUGGAAACACCUGACAGGAUACACAUAUAAACUGGUCAUCUCAGCAGCAGAGCAGCCUUCCAUGGAAGGACACAGACAAACCGUGUGAAAGGCCAGUGCCCAUUUCCUGAGCUUUUCCUUUGCAACAACAGGGCCCACUGGCUGAAGGGCCGCACAAGGAAGCAAAUGAUGAGGCCAGGUGGGGCUGGGCAGUAAAGAGAGAUGGUGCUGCCAGUCGGUAGAAUUCCAAGGGUAAAGCCUUGUCCGCUGCUCAGUCUGUCCAGUUGUAUGAGGAGGCGGGAGAGGGAGAGGAAUCUAGGUCAGUGCUCAGAGGAGGAACAGCUUUUGGUCUUCAUACAGUAGAACUGUCUUAUUUUCAAUGCUCAAGCCAGCUGAAUACCGCCUAGUUAUAAACAAGUAUCUUGGCCAGAGCCUCCCUACUUCUACCACUUCAACAUGUUUUAACCAGCAGAUUCGUCAGGUGGUAUGCCUUUCAGGGGGAAGGAGAGAAGGGACGAUAGCACAUUUGGGCAAUGCUUGGGAAACCAUCGUGCCACGUGUGGGAUAGAAUCCAGGACGCCUGCAUGCCAAACAAGAGCUCCAGCCCUCGAGCCAGCUCCCUGGCCUGCUGGUGCUGGAUUUUACUGGCCCAGGUACUGAAGUGUGUUCUGGAGGUUGAGUCACGUUGACCCAACUCACCAACGGUGGACAGACGUCUCCCAGCUUGCUGAUGAGAGAACCUGACCCUCAGGAGUCAGCUGAGAACCAGGAAGCCGGUCUCUACCCGGAUAGCACCCUGAGGAGCCAGCGAGCAGGCCAGUGUGAGCCAGUAGACGCGAGAGUGCUGAAGAUUCUAACGGGGAGUGGCACCAGUGCUGAUUUCCUAAGUCAGAGGUUCCUGCCUCCUUCCCCCAUUUCAAGAGAAAUAAAUCACUUGGCCACCCUUGGA